GGCUCCAGUUUUUAUUAACUUCUUAUUUUCAAAAGCAUAAAACUCAUGUGCACUGCACUUUUUUCUCACUUAAGCUUCUUCCACUGACUUUCAGAAAAUGCUCUCGUGGCAUGCCUGGCGGACCUGGGACUUGUCGCUACUGCUCUUUGGCUUGUCAAUCCAUACUGGUGCAGCAGCUCAGAUCAUAGAAGAACGAGGGUCGAAAGGACACCUUGACCUCACGGAGUUAAUAGGAGUCCCUCUUCCUCCUUCUGUCUACUUUGUCACGGGCUAUGGAGGGUUCCCAGCUUACAGCUUUGGUCCAGAUUCCAACAUCGGCCGGCUGACCAGUACUAUCAUACCAUCACCUUUCUACAGAGAUUUUGCUAUCAUGGUUACUGUGAAACCAAACAGUGAUCAUGGAGGAGUGCUCUUUGCAAUAACAGAUGCCUUCCAGAAAACAAUCUACCUAGGACUGAGGAUUUCACCAGUUGAUGACAGCACCCAGAGAAUAAUCAUGUACUACACAGAGCCUGGAUCCCAUAUCUCCCAAGAGGCUGCUUCUUUUAAAGUGCCAGUGAUGACUAACAGGUGGAAUAAAUUUAUAGUGACUGUUGAAGGGAAUGAUAUUGCUUUGUUCAUGGACUGUGAAGAAUAUCAGAGGCUUCAGUUUCCAAGGCCUGCUCGAACCUUGGUAUUUGAAUCUAGCUCUGGCAUAUUUGUUGGUAAUGCAGGAGCCACAGGACUGGAAAAGUUCACAGGCUCAAUUCAACAUCUGACAAUCAAGUCUGACUCAAGGGCUACUGAGGAUCAUUGUGAUGACCCUUAUGCUUCAGGGGACAGCAGUGGCAAUGGCAGCAUUCAGGAACAUGACAGUUCUGAAGCACAAGAAGCCCUUGCACCUUCCCGUCUUCCCAUAAGGCCUGAAGAUAUGUUGGCUGAGCCAGUGGAAGCCCCCCCAACCAUGUUGGCUUAUUUGGAAGAGAAUGAUUUCUCUGGAAAUCACAGAUCAGAAGAAACCUCAGAAGCAGCUAAAUUUGAAGAACAAGCUGUCAUGGAAACUGGACAAGGCAACAGUGCGUCUACCACUGUCACACAUAAAAUGUUAAGAGAAGAUGGCUCUGGUGCUGAUGUUUUGCCAGGAGUGAGCAGAGAGGAGGGCCAGAAAGGUCAGGAAGUAGAGGAUGGGUCCACAGACUCUCUAGGAGGGUCAGGAAGAGAAGAUGUGAAAAAUAAAGAUCAAGGACCUCCUGAAUCUCCAGGGAAAUUUGGGCAACUUGGUCAGCCUGGUAAAAAUGGACUUCAGAGGUUGCCAGGACUGAAAGGAAAAGCAGGCCCAAAAGCUGAAAAGGGUGAUCCUGGUGAGGGAUUGCUAGGACCCCCUGGACUACCAGGACCCACAGGACAAUCUGCUCCUUCCAGAGGAUUAAAUAGGCUGGAACCUGAAGAAUUGGGUUCUGGAGAUACUGAUAGAGAGACAGAGAUUUUAGGGGGCCCUCAAGGUCCUUCUGGCUGUGAUGGAGUGGUUGGCCCACCAGGGUGGAAGGGAGAAAAGGGUGAUCAAGGUCUGCCUGGUUCUGCUGGUCCAAAGGGUGAUACUGGAGUCACUGGAUCAAUAGGCCCUAAAGGAGAAGCUUGUCCUAUUGGGUCUCAUGGAAAACCUGGACCACCUGGACCUCCUGGGCCUCCUGGGCUCCCUGGACCUCCUGGACCACCAGGACUAAGUUAUACUUUGGGAUUUGAGGAUAUGGAAGGACCAGGUAGCAUCGACCUGUUAAGUGAAUCAAGAAUUCCCAGAUCAAGGGGACCAAAGGGUUCUGCAGGAAGACCUGGACAGCGUGGACCAUUAGGACCAAAGGGGAUGCCAGGCACAGAUAGAAAACCAGGCUUUCCUGGCAUUGCUGGGCAUCCCGGAGAAGUGGGUCCAAAAGGAGAGAAGGGUGACCCAGGACCUCGGGGUGAACCAGGACAGAACGGGAGCAGUAUUGUGGGACCACCUGGACCACCAGGACCACCGGGGCCAGUCAUAGCAAUACCUGAGGGGCCAGAUGGCAUGCCAGGUCUAUCAGGAUUUCCUGGCCCUCGAGGUCCAAAGGGUGACACUGGUUUGCCUGGUUCACGAGGACCUAAAGGACAGCAGGGUGAAAAGGGAGAACCAGGAGCUAUCAUUUCUGCUGAUGGAUCUUUAACUGAAUUAUUAGGAAGAAAAGGAGAGAAGGGUGAAGCUGGAGUGAUGGGACCAGUGGGACCAAUGGGACCAAUAGGACCUACUGGACCCAAAGGAGAACUUGGCUUCCCAGGACGCCCAGGCCGUCCAGGACAGAAUGGACUGAGAGGUGUGAAAGGUGAUCGAGGUGAAGCAUUUAAUGGCCUUCCUGGCUUGCCUGGACCCCCAGGGCCCCCUGGACCUCCAGGACGUAUACUUUAUAUCAAAGGAACAGUUUUCCCAGUCCCUCCCAGGCCUCAUUGCAAAAUGCCAGUGAACCCUCCCUAUCCUGGAAAUCAAGAAUUUCUUAAUGACCAUGGCGCUAAAGCAAACAGAGCUUCCUGGGAACUGCACAGUUCAGCACACUUAAAAGGAGAAAAGGGAGACAGAGGUGCUCCAGGACCACCAGGUCCACCUCUGCCUCCAUCAUAUUUCAGCCAUUUUAUUAAUAGCAUAAAGGGUGAAAAAGGAGAUAAUGGAGUCACUGGUGUAAAAGGAGAAAAAGGAGAACCAAAUGGAGGGUUUUUUCUGACGGGACCUCCUGGACCACCUGGAAGACCAGGAUUAAUUGGACCAAAAGGGGACUCAAUUGUUGGACCCAGAGGACCUCCAGGAUUACCUGGCCUACCUGGCUUACCAGGUUAUGGAAAAAUUGGACCUCCUGGCCCACCUGGACCACCUGGACCACCAGGGCCCCCUGCAAUAUAUGCAGCUGCAAUGCCUGGGCCACCAGAUCCUCCUGGAGAGCCAGGGUCACCUGCCACCAGGAAUCUGGUUACAACAUUCCAAAACAUUGAGGGUAUGUUGGAAAAAGUUCAUUAUGUAGCAGAAGGUACUAUAAUCUAUCUGAGGGAAACCAGUGAGGUUUUUAUCCGUGUUCAGAAAGGAUGGAGAAAAUUGCAGCUUGGUGAACUAAUUCCUAUCCCUGCUGGCAGCCUUCCUUCUCCCACCAUAUCAAGCCAUGUAUUUCAGUCUAUUCCAGCACUGAGACCAAUAUCAAAUAUGAACAAUGGAAAACCAGCAUUGCAUCUCGUGGCUUUGAACUUCCCAUUGUCUGGUGACAUGCGAGCAGAUUUUCAGUGUUUUCGGCAGGCCCAGCUUGCUGGUUUGACAUCCACCUACAGAGCCUUCCUCUCAUCACACUUGCAAGAUCUGGCCACAGUUGUCAGAAAAACUGACCGACACCAUUUGCCAGUAGUCAAUCUUCAGGGAGAAACCCUUUUCAGUAACUGGGAAUCUAUAUUUGAUGGAAAUGGUGGACAAUUCAACAUUCAUGUUCCAAUAUACUCCUUUGAUGGCAGGAAUGUCAUGACUGAUUCAUCUUGGCCUCAAAAAAUAAUAUGGCAUGGUUCAACUGCUAAUGGGAUCCGACUGGUUAGCAACUACUGUGAAGCCUGGCACACAGCUAAUAUGGGAGCUAUGGGACAAGCAUCACUUCUGAACACAGGGAAACUUCUUGACCAGAAAGUAUAUAGCUGUAAUAAUCAGUUUAUUGUUCUCUGUAUUGAAAACAGUUUUGUAUCUGAUCUCCAAGGAAAAUAAUUCACCUGCUGCACAUAGAAAUAUUCCAUUUGAUGACAGAAAAAGCUGACAUUGAAAUUUCAUUUGUAAUGAUGUAAAUAUUUUAAUUUUUGUAAUUGCACAUUUCAGGAAAAAAUAGACAAAGAAAACAUAUCUCAACAAAACCACAUUCCAGUUAGGUGGAACAUCCAGUGCACACGACUGGCUUAAAGCCCAUACUUCCCCUUGAACCCCAUGCGCUUUGAAUCUUGCUAGCAGUUAAUUCAUGUUCUGCCUGAGCUGGAGGUCACCUAAGGGCACAAGCCAAGUUUGGUGAGGAAGAUCCAGUAGCCUGCCUCAUAAGCAGUGUGGCUCAGCAAGGCUGCUGCUUCACAGCUGAGAAGCUGCAUGCUCCAUGCUCUCCUUUUCACUUGCAUAGAUUUUGGAUACCCAAGGCACCGUUCAUAUAUACUCAUAUAUACAGUGAAUACUGGGAGGCUGUUUUGCCUUGCAGAGCUCACAUUUGCAAAACAAAGCUUUAAGAACAAAUGUACUCACCUCCUCUGAGUUUUGGUGGAAGCCAAGUACCUGACUCCUGUAAGCUUGUAUGGAUCUCAGCCUGGUGUUUACACAGAAAUAUUGCAGCUCCCACAUCUUAUUUCAGCUUUUCUCUUUGCAGAUUCUAGGCAUAAGACUUUAUUCAGGAGGAGUAAAUUUCACAUUGACAAAAUCUGGUCUUUAUUUUGGUGCUAUUGUUACCAGGAAAAGUGAAAGCAAUGUUAAUAGAAAACAUCCUGUUUAACUGGUAGAACUGAACAAAGCAAAUGCAGACAAAUGAACCAACCAUCUGACCAUUGUUUAUUUCAUUACAUAUUAGAGGAAGUAAUUUGCUUUUGUGUCAGACUGAUGAAUGAAAUAUGUCUCUCAUGGUUUCUUUAAAAUAGGUUCUACACAUUGUUAUCCCACUAUGUUAUAUGUAAAGUGAUUUUCCUUUUUGUGAAUUUACCCUUCUGGCAUUCAUGUAAUUAAAGAAUUGUUAAUAUAAAAUAACUGAAACAAUUAUAGGAAUGAUCAGGAAAUGGUCACUAACAGUAUCACCAUAAUAUCUGAAGUCUUUUGCUGAUAUAGUUGUCUACUGCAUACUUUAAACAACAUAUUUACUUAUGUUUUAUCAGGCAGUGACUAUGGAGGUCAAACUCCACAUUAUAAUUUUUUUUAAGAUUUUAACAAGAAUCUGUGUUGGAAAUACAUGUUCAUUUGCUGAUAAAUAGAGUACUAAAUAACUAGACAGCUUUUGUCAACAGACAAAAGCAAAUUACACUUACAAUACUAAAAUGAUAUAAUUAUACAACUAAAUAUUUUGAAAUGCAGCUUUAUUUUUCCAAUUGAUUAUAAAAACUUAUUUCCCAGGGUCAGCUGAAUGAUAUCUUCAUUUUUUUCUGUAAAAGCAAAAAAUGUAAAUUACUCCAUUAUUACAACAUGGUAAUAAGGCAAAAGCCAUUUGUAUUACAUUUAAAAUGUAUGCAUAACAAUUCACUAUACUCAUUUAUAGUCACCUUUCCUAAAUACUGAGCCAUUCUUGUGCCAAAUUCCUCCAGUUCACAGAGUUGGAAGAGUUGUUUAUGUACAGCAGGGCUUUGCUCUGAGUCACAGAAAGAUCGGGGUGGGGGGGGAAAUAAAGUGCUUUUGCCUGCUUCAA